CACACGGGUAGCGCACGCGCACACGGCCGAGCUGAUAAGGAGCGGCGACGCAGGUGCAGUCAGUCUGUCCCGGAGACGGCCGAGGUCUCUGCGUGUUUCUGCGUAAACAAAAACGUAACACGAUUUCUGACACGGGAGACAUCCGCCGAUACCCCUCUGCUGCUCACUGCCACUACCCACUACUUGCAACCACUUGAAGCCACAACCACGCCACUUGAAGCCAGAAGCUCUCUCGUUCAGAGCACACUUACUCCCCCAGAGAACGCACUUACACACUUACAUACCCACCUAGCCCCCGCCUUCUGUGAGAGCGUGCAAGACGCCUUGAAUAACAUUGCAAGAGGAGCCUCGAGAGAGAAUUAAAAAACGCGGUGUCAUUGAACCCUGAUCCCCGCGUCACGCUAAGGCGAGUUUGCAGACAUGCGCGGCGCUGGCAAGGGCUGGUCGCUGGCGCGGCGCUGGUGGCUGGCCAGCACGGCCCUCCUGGAGAGCCUCAUCACCUCGGGGGCACUGCUGGGAUGGAGCUCCCUGCUCCCCGUUCUCAUGGCCGAGGGCGUCUUCUCGGGACUGUGCGCCCAGCCGGACGAGGGGCUGAACGCCACCGCCGGACCCUCCGAUCUGCCGGACAACGUCUCCGGCGUGGUGGCGUUGCGGGAUGCCGGCGGCUACGCGUCGUGCCCCAGGCAGGAGACGCGGCUGCACGUCGCCUUCACCGUGGGCGCCUUUGUGCAGGCAGCCACCGUGCUGCCCCUGGGGGUGCUCAUGGACCGCUACGGGGCUCGCCGCCUCCGCCAGAUCGGCAGCGCUGCGUUCUGCCUCUCCUGUAUCUUCUUCUCCUACACGGCGGCCAACCCGGGCAAUCUCUCCACGCUCGUGUUCGUCGCCGUGUCGCUCAACGGAUUCGGAGGGAUGUGCAUCAACGUCUCGGGCCAGAUGCUGGCUGAAAUGUUCCAGACGAUAUCCAACGUGUUCUCCGCCCUGCUGCUGGGUUCCUUCUGCUCGGCAGCCUUCACCAUGACCAUCCUCAAGGUCAUGUACGAGGCCGGGGUCCCCUUCAUCUACAUCUGCCUGGGCUGGGCCCUGCUGGCCGUGGUCAUCUUCCUCAACGCCAUGUUCGGCUGGCCCGAGGAAGCCAUGACGGGCCCCGCGCACAUGAACCACUCCAUCCGACUGAAGCUGAGUUUUCGCGGCUCGCAGCGUGGCACGCAGGGCAAGGAGUUCUACGCUCAGAUGGCCGCCAUGGGCUACCGUCUGCGGCCCGACCUUCGCGAGCAGCACUCCCUGCUGCAGUCCGCUGACCGCACCUCCACCGAGCGCAGCCUGGCGUUCAUGAGGAGCAUCUUCACCCCCGUGAUGCUGUGGAGCAUGGUCACGAUGGCCGUGACCCAGCUGCACCUGACCUUCUACCUGGGCUCGCUGGGCAGCCUCCUGCCCGGAGGGCCCGCGGACACGGAGCUCUACGUGACGGUGUUUGGGCUGCUGCAGCCGCUCUGCCUGCUCGUGUGCCCUCUGCUGGGUCACCUGCUCAUGCGGGAGACAGCUGCCUCCAGGGCCGACCCGGCCGUCGCUGAAAGCGAGGAGGAGCGGGAUCUGUCCAGGAAGAUCACCAAGGUGCGCAGAGCGAUGUGCGUCUUCUUCACGACCAGUGUGCUGCUGCUGGCGUUCGGCAUCACGAGCCUGGUGCCCAACCUUCACCUGCAGAUCGCCACGUUCAUCCUGCACACCGUGGACCGCGCGGCCGUGGCCAUGGCAUGCAACGAGCUCUACACAGCGGUGUUCCCCGAGUCGCACUUUGGGUACCUGAACGGAGUCCAGUUCCUCGCCAGUGCGCUGGUGACGCUGCUGCAACACCCGCUGCACCUCGUCCUGGUGGACGACACUCUGGCAGACAGCGCACUCUGGGUGAACGGCCUCCUGCUGGCGGUCUCGGUGCUGAGCCUCGGCCUGCCCUUCUACCUCCUCUACUACCAACGGCGGCUGGCGAAGGAGCUAGGAGAAAAUUCGGCCGUUUGCAGUCAGCCGACCUUGCCGGAAGAGGCCCAUACAACCAAGUAGA